AUGAGCGAAAUUUUGAAAGACAAACAAAUAUUUUACUUCCGAAUUCCGACCUAAAUCAGAUAUCUGUUUGAAAAUCCUGAGUAGGAUCAAGAGUAAGAAAUAGGAGAAGUUGUUAUCAACAAGGGGCAGGAUGAGGGGAUAUUUCUGAAAAUAAAUAAACGUUAGAAAUAAGACAGUCAAAGCAGUUUAGUCCAGCAGAUAAGACCUGUCGACUAUUUAGGGUUCAAAUGCCAAGAAAUGCCAGAUCAAGCGUAAAUCAAAUAUCUCAUGAAGGAGAAGCUAAACGCAGAUUUUGAUAUAAGAUAUGAUAUGUAUGGGGGAGGAAGGUCUUCUCAAUCAAUGAACAAGAAUCGCAGAAAUCUGAAAGCAAAGUUGAAGAAGAAAUUGAAUCGUUAGAUGCAAUUACUGCCUUAGCAAUUCGUGAAAAGCAUUGAGACGCCUGCAGAAAUGGUAUCAAUAGAGGAAAUCACUAAGCCUCCUGAAGUGAUUAUAGCACAAAGCAUUUUUGACAUCAGCGAUAAAAAUGUCGAUAAAGACGAAGAUAGGAGGAAUUUCAUUAACAUUCAUGGUUAAAUCAAAUAAUAAACAAGAGAUAGGAGAGUUGCGAGAAGUGAAUAAGAAUUAAAGGAAGAAAUAUUCUAGUUGUUCUAGAGGCGCAGAUGUUUUACUCUGGAAGACAUGCUAUCAAUAUUGAACUAGCCUAGAGAGCCAGUCAAGAGGAUACUAGAUAGCAUCUGCGAGUUUAACAGAGGGAAUAGAGAGUAUGAGCUGAAAAGAAGCUACUUAUGA